AUGAUGCGCUACAAAGAGGAGAAAGAGGCCAAGAAGGAAGCUUUCAGAAAGUACCUUGAAUCCAGUGGCGUUGUUGAUACCGUUACCAAAGCUCUGGUUGCAUUGUACGAGCAAGAUGAGAAGCCCUCCUCUGCUCUCGAAUUCAUUCAACAGAAGUUGGGAGGGCCAAGUUUGUGCGAAUACGAGAAGCUACAAGCUGAGAUGUCGGAUCUGCAACUCAAGUACAAUGAGCUUCUAGCAACUCAUCAAGUAACUGUCAAAGAGUUAGAAGAAGUGAAGGUCUCACAUACCAUGGCUGCCACCAAUACUACUUCUGCUGCUAACACCACAGCCAGCGAAAUCGCCAAUGGGGAUGUGCCAAAGGAUGAUGGCUGA